AUGUUGUCCCGACAGACUGGUAACGAACGCCACUGGCAUGCUCGAGGUCGGGCUCUGUUUCUUGAAGUACGAUCACGGCAUGAUGCCGCCAGCGCUUCGCACCGUAUCAAAGGCGAAGACGUCGCCAUGGUCGCCUAA